AUGCGGAAAGUGUAUGAUGCAUUCCUUGCGGAGUUCCCUCUGUGCUUUGGCUAUUGGAAGAAAUAUGCAGAUCAUGAAGGCUGUCUAGAUGGUGUCAAUAAAGUUUUUGAGAUUAUGGUUCCGAAACAUUGUGGGAUGAGUAGUACAUCAAGUAUGAAGAAUCACUUUCAAGCAUGGAGUCAUCUAGCUGUGGUAUACACAAGAAUAUUAGAGCACCCUAUACAACGGCUUGAUUGGUACUUUAAUUGGAAACAAAUGAGACAUUCCCAUUCACAACUGUUUAUGGGAACCCAGACUUUUCGGACCAAUCAAUAA